AUUCUAUUAAUUUCCUUUGUAAACUAAUAACUGAGACUAAUAAUCUUUACUUAUUUUUCAGUUACAUGAAAAUGUAUCUCAACACGUUAGAAGUUUCAAAUCUAUACUAAGCUUAUCUAAUCCUGAUAAUUUCUAUUCAUAGAUGUAUUUCUCCCGAUCCAGUUCAUUCUUACAGUGAAAUUAAAGAAAAAAGUAUAGGUAUUCAACUUGACGAUAAUAGUUGAUCUAUUUUUCUAAAUUGUUUACGAGAGGUUCCCACAAAACUGAUUCCCCCCUUACAUGAAUCACUAGUUUGGCUAAAUGGAAAAUCACUUCAGCAAUAACACUUGAGCAGAACAAUUAAAUUGACCGCAUCGCAUUCAAUACAUCAUCACGGUAUAAUCAACGACCUUUAAUCUAGAAAAAGACUAAAACGUACAUUCGUCUUGGACAAUGGAUUGCAACGAUUUUCACGAAAUUGGGGCUUUCCGUCAGUAACCGUAGCCGAAUAGAAAUUAAGAAAAAAAAAAGAAUCUCGUUUACCAGAAGGCUUGCAAAUGAAUUACUUGGACAGGAAGUCGAUUAAUAAGUAGAACCAAGUGCAGAAAGCGGAUACAAGAUAAAGAAGAUAUCGUCGCCUGAUAACGCAGUAGAAAGCGCAAAGUGUGCAAUGCGCAUGCUCCCAUCGGAACCACCAUGCGUGCAUGCAUCGUAGGGGUGUAAAGAGGGUGAAAUAACGGAAAGCUGAGUUAGAUAGGAAGGGUGCAGUCGCCCAAGACGUUUGCUUGGUCCUAUUCUGCAAACCUUCCCUUCAAAACACUUUCCGUUUAUUCGAUUCCACCUUUGAUUCCUUCCCUUCCGUCGACGCGAUGGCCCUCGAUGUUACCGAGAAAAGUUAUAUUCUGGACGCAAGGAGCAACUAUGAGGAUGUCGGCAGCCUCGGAUCAGAGGAAUCUUACGAUGAUAUGAGGCAACUUGUCGGGGAGAAGAAGGAAGAAUCCGGAAAAUUCAAUAGUCUACCAUUGGCCAGUUUUAAUUUCAUCAAUUCCAUUAUCGGCAGUGGUGUUAUUGGCAUACCCUAUGCCCUUCACCAGGCUGGAUUUGGCCUUGGAAUAGUAUUGUUAAUUUUGGUAGCAGGCCUUACUGAUUAUUCAUUGAUUUUAAUGGUCAGAAGUGGUCAUAUUUGUGGAGAAAUGAGCUAUCAAGGUUUAAUGAGGGCCAGUUUUGGUCGCACUGGAUUUUAUAUCCUUACCACUCUGCAGUUCAUUUAUCCAUUCAUAGCAAUGGUCUCUUACAACGUUGUUGUCGGCGAUACGGUAACGAAAGUGUUGAUAAGAGUAACAGGAAUGAACGAAACGAGUAUAUUUGCUCAUCGUCAAACGGUCAUCUUCUUCGCGACGGUUUGCGUCACCAUACCAUUGUGUCUUUACAGAAACGUAGCCCGUCUGGCCAAGAUCUCUUUCCUUUCGUUGGUCUGCGUCGGUUUCAUUCUCUUGACUAUCUUAAUUCGGAUGGGUACGAUGUCUGCAAUUGUGCCAAGCCAAGAAGAGAGUUGGCGAUUUGGAAAUUUUCGUGGCAUCAUUCCUUCAGUUGGAAUUAUGGCUUUUGCCUUUAUGUGCCAUCAUAAUACGUUCCUUAUAUAUGAGUCUAUAGAAAGAGCUACUCAACAAAAGUGGGACGUAGUCACCCAUUGGUCACUCUUCACCUCGUUCUUAGUUGCCGCAGCUUUUGGAAUUAUUGGCUACGCCACCUUCACCUCCUACGUACAAGGAGAUCUUAUGGAGAAUUAUUGCUGGGACGAUGAUUUGAUGAAUUUUGCAAGAGUCAUGUUUAGUGGGACUAUCCUCUUAACUUUUCCCAUCGAAUGCUUCGUAACUAGAGAAGUAAUCCUAACAGCAAUCAAAGGCACGGAUGAACUUGAAGAUCAUACCGCAUAUGUUCCUAAUUCGGACAGGAAGUACUUGAUAAUCACUCUGGCGAUAGUAAUCGUUGCUUACUUGAUCUCCAUGUCCACGGAUUGUUUAGGAGUGGUCCUGGAAUUGAACGGUAUCUUAGCUGCAGUACCUUUAGCCUACGUUCUUCCUGGACUGUGCUACCUCAAGCUUGAAGAGGGCCCAGUUCUCUCGUCCAAGAAGCUUCCGGCUCUUGGUUUGAUGACCGCUGGUGUGUUUGCUGCUGUUUCUGGAUUAUUGCUUCUCAUUUUGAACAGCGAUACUUCUAGUUCCUGUGUACACGGAAAGGAGCAUAUAUUACGAACGAUGUGGUAUAGAAUAUUACGAUUUUGUAUUAAAAAAAAAAAGAAGUGAAGACGAAGAAGAAGAAGAAGAAGAAGAAGAAGAAGAAGGAAAAAAGAAUAAUAUAAUAAUGAUUAUUCGUUUAUGCGUAUUUUUUCAUUUUCUUAUUUUUUUAUUGUAAAUUAUUCAUUUUAUUGUUCUUGUGAAAAAAACGGGUGUCCUAUUUUCUUUUUCAAUACAAAAUCGAAAUUGUUUGCUUUCUGGAAUACUUUAAAUGUAAAAAAAUGUCAGACAGUUCAAUUAAUUUCAAUGUUGAAUUAUAAGUUUCAGAUAGAAUUACUGUGUGAUCAUGGAUGUUACCUUGAUUCAGAUUUAAAAAUAUUUAUCCUUUUGGAUGCGUUCAAUCUUAACAAGUGUGUGAUGUAUAUGUAUUAUUAGGCCUAAUAAGUAUUACUUGAUAUAAAUGAACGCUAAUUAUUAUUAGAAAGAUGGCAAAUAACAAAGACCACAAUAACGAAAGUAUUUAAUGAAGAUUGAUAAGGGAAUUACAUUAUUUAAAUUAUUAUCCAGUUGGAAUCUUUAUUGUUAGAGUACAUGCAAAAUCUACCGGAUGUCCGUAAAUUUUCUACUUAACAUAUAUGCGCUUAUAUGUAUCUGUAUCUAAACGUGUAUUCAAUUUUCUGCCUAUCUUCCCCUGCUGACCUGACGUUCAGUCGUCGGUGCUGGGCGGGUUGCAGGUUUCAGGCGCUUUUUACUCGAAUUUUUAAACGUUAAUUACUGAAAAACAAAGCCGUAAACGCUAUUUCGUUAUUCUUGAUUUUCGUCUUAUUUUGAUCCCUAGAAUCACCCCCUUAAAAUUUUGCCCACAAGUUUUGAAAAACUAAAUACACUUUAAGAUACAUGUUAGAUAACAGAUUGAUUAACAAAAGAGACUCUAAUGCACAAGAAGCUGAAACUUAUUUUACGGACAUUCGGUAUACAUAUGUAUAUGUAUUAGUUUAAAUAAUUAAAACUAUUGUAAAACACAAUUAAGGUUAAAUAUGCGUAACAAAAGAACAGCAGUCAUCAUAUUGACGACAAUCGUGUAUCGCAGACCAACCAAAAGUACUAAUACGUUAAACAAAUGGACGAUAAUCUGAACCUACGAUGAACAGACGAAUUAACGUUGAUAAUCAAAAUUAUUAUAACAAUGUAGAAGGUUCCUAAUUCUCUGAAAUAAAUUGCAACCAUCUUUUCUUCAUAGUCGUAAUCAUACGUAAAUACAUACAUAUUUUUCUAUGAUUGGUUUGCUCUGAUCUCAUGUUAAAGGAACGAUAAAUUUUUAUACAUUGCAUCUAUUUUCAAUCAUCAGUAAUUAUUUGUACAGUUAUCUUGAAAGAAAAUUUCAGUCUAUCUUAAACGGGGAUAGUUCCAUUGUCGUUAAUAAGUUUUGCACACAUUCUUUAUUAUAUGUAUACAACUACGAUUUCUUACAAGGAAUUCACAUUUUAUAAUGUUUAAAUAUUUUUUUAAUUAUACAAGCAAUGCACAAAGUAAAAUACUGCGACGUAAUACACACACAUGUAUAGUUGAUAUAUUUUCUUCUGAUAUAAAAUAAAUACAAUAGUGCAAUAAUCA